AUGAACAACAUCUGCAGACCAGUCGAGAUCGGGCACUUCGUCAUCCGCACGCGCGAGGUUGCCCCCCUCGUGACCUACUACAAGAUGUUCUUCGGGGCGACGGUGGCGUCCGAGACGCACCCCAUAACGUUCCUGACGUACGACGACGAGCACCACCGCCUGGCCAUCAUCCUGGACCCGUCGGCGGUGCCGAAGCCGACGGGACGGCCUCCUCCGCCGACGUGCGGCUUCGACCACAUCGCCUUCACGGUGCCGUCGGUGGGCCAGCUGCUGCGCUCGUACCGGCUGCGCAGGGACGCCGGCCUCACCCCGGCCUACUGCCUCGACCACGGCAUGACCCUCAGCAUGUACUACGUCGACCCGGACGGGAACAAGGUCGAGCUGCAGGCCGACUGCUUCGAGAACAAGGCGGACGCCGUCAGGUUCAUGGGCACAAAGGUCUUUGCCGCCAACCCGAGGGGCGUCGAGUACGACCCCGACGAGCUGCUGGACAGGUUGGAGGCCGGGGAGAGCGAGGCUGGGCUGCUGGCGGGCAUGCUGGGUAGGAAGACGAUUGCAAAUCUGUGA